GUCAAAUUUUGUGUAUUGACUGACACCUGUGUUGCUCUGUAUAUAUCGCGAAUUUCCAAAAAAUAGGGGUAUGGCAUCGGAACCCGACCCGGAUGAAUCAACGAAAGACACACAGACGGUGACAUAUGAAUUGAAAAAUGUCAACCUGGAACCUGGAAGCGACCAUGUAUCUGUUAAAGAUUUUGAGCUGCUCAAGGUUUUGGGAACAGGAGCCUAUGGAAAGGUUUUUCUGGUGCGUAAACUUGAUGGGCCUGACAAAGACAAACUGUAUGCCAUGAAAGUGCUUAAAAAAGCCACCAUAGUUCAAAAGACUAAGACGACGGAGCACACAAACACAGAACGACAAGUCCUGGAGGCUAUACGACAGUCCCCAUUCCUCGUAAAGCUUCAUUAUGCCUUCCAGACAGAUGCCAAGCUUCAUCUUAUCUUAGACUAUGUAAAUGGUGGUGAGCUGUUUACGCAUCUUAACCAGCGGGAACAUUUCCGGGAGCCAGAAGUCUGCAUCUACAUUGGAGAGAUCGUUCUUGCUCUUGAGACCUUACAUAAGCUUGGUAUAAUCUACCGAGACAUAAAGCUAGAGAACAUCUUGUUGGACAGUAGCGGGCACAUUGUUCUGACUGACUUUGGGCUGAGCAAAGAGUUUCUGCCAAGCGAUCGACAGCACCGGGCAUACUCAUUCUGCGGCACAAUCGAAUAUAUGGCUCCAGAGGUUGUAGAGGGGGGACAUUCUGGUCAUGACUUUACGGUUGAUUGGUGGUCAUUGGGUGUGUUGACAUAUGAACUUCUCACUGGGGCUUCCCCAUUCACUGUUGAUGGUGAAAGCAACUCUCAGUCAGACAUUUCCAGGCGAGUUUGUAAAGCCAAACCCCCGAUACCAAAAUCAUUUUCUCCUGUUGUAAAGGAUUUUAUUCUUGCCCUACUCACAAAGGACCCUAAAAAGAGACUAGGGGCCAGGGGUGCGAAAGAAGUAAAAAGUCACAAGUUCUUCAAGGACCUUAAUUGGAAGGCUCUCGCUGCUAAGGAUGUAACUGCUCCAUUUGUGCCAAAGAUUCGUCAUGAACUUGAUGUAAGCAACUUUGCUGAUGAGUUUACGAAAAUGCAGGCCACCGACUCACCCGCCAUUGUUCCAAUGAAUGGAGAAAAGCUUUUCAAGGGUUACUCAUAUGUUGCUCCGUCUGUGAUAUUCAGUGACAAUACAGUAAGCAACGACCUCCUCUGUCAGUCCAAAGAGUUGCAGCCGGACAACAGACAACUCAUGUAUGCUAGUCAUUUCAAGAACUCCCAGUUCUUUCACACGUAUGACCUAGAUCUCAAGACACCGGCCUUGGGGGACGGAAGCUUCUCCAUCUGCAGGAAAUGUUACCACAAGAGGUCACGCCAGGCCUACGCUGUAAAGAUUAUCAGUCGACGUAUCGAUGUCAAUCGGGAGGUGACGUUAUUGAAACUAUGUCAAAGCCAUAGGAACAUUGUACAGCUGGUGGAUAUUUUUUAUGAUGAUCUCCACACAUACAUGGUACUGGAGCUAUGUGAGGGGGGAGAACUGCUCAAUAGAAUACGCAAGAAGAAGAGCUUCUGCGAGCCAGAGGCCAGCGAGAUCAUGCUCAAGCUUGUUCUUGCUGUUGACUUUAUGCACAGGCGUGGCGUCGUGCAUCGCGACCUGAAACCAGAGAAUCUGCUUUAUGAGAGCAAAGAAGAAAACGCAGAGAUCAAGAUCAUAGAUUUUGGUUUUGCCCGCUUGAAACCCGGAAACCAGCAACUGAGCACUCCAUGCUUCACCUUGCCAUACGGGGCACCAGAAGUGUUGCUACAGGCAACAGCCAAUCGGGAGAAGGAAGGAUAUGAUGAGUCAUGUGACCUGUGGAGUCUUGGAGUUAUACUGUACACGAUGUUGUCUGGUCGGGUGCCGUUUCAAGUCGGGAGCAGCGAGGACCAGGCAUCGGCAAUCAUGCAGGAGAUCAAAAUUGGACGCUUCAACUUCAACGCCUCUGAGUGGGACAAUGUAUCAACAGCUGCCAAGUCCCUCAUUCAAGGUCUUCUGACAGUAGAUCCAAAGAAGCGCCUUACCAUGGAAGACUUGAAGAAAAACGAAUGGUUGCUGCGAAAUAACAACAGUAUGUUCUCAGAAAAGACCCUACAGACCCCUGGUGUUCUAACAAGUGCUAACAAUGUCCAGAUGCAGCUUAGCGCCACAAUAAAUGCCUUCCAGAAAGCCACGAGGGACGGUUUCACACUGCAGGAAGUAAACAAGGCCCCACUUGCUCAAAGACGGAAACAGAAGAAAGCAUCAGACGAAAACACAGACAGAAGUGAAUCUACAGACAGUAGCCACUCGAGUGGCUCUGUGGCAAAGACAAGCUCAUCUCACGGUUCCGGACUCUUUCAAAGUCAAGGGACGUCACAGGGGUCUGCGACCUCUCUCGGCUCAGUUUCAGGUAGCCAGGAGGAGGCAGACAUUGUUCAGGCCAGUGGCUCAGGUAGUUUGACAGUGCCAAGUGAAACUAGCCUGGUUCGGAGUUUGUCAAACAAUUCAAGCCUCUCUAAUAACUCCUCAAUCUCGCAGAGCUCAGUUCAUAGCCUUGGGUUUGUUCCUCAGCAGAGACUUACUCCUGUCGAUAUCUUGUCUAGUCAAAGUGGUGCAUCAGGACUUUCUGCACAGGAAUUGUUUGUAAUGGACGUUGAAUCAACUCCUCCAAAGUCUCUACCAUUCAGUGAAAUACGAUCAUCUGCAGAAUCUGACACUUCUGUUGAUAUACCACCAUUUCAGGGAUCUAGUCGAGGUUUAAAACGUAAACACAGUUUAGAAGGUGAUGAUAGUGAAGAUUUUAGUGACACUGAUGAUGAUGGCGAUGAUGAUUAUGAGGACAAUGAUGUGAAUGAUGGAGACUUCAGUGAUCUUGAUAAUAGUAGCGACUGCAUAAUCAUUGACGAUGAUAGUGACGAGGAUAUUGAUGAUGACAAAAAGCAUUCAGAUUCACAGAGUGAUGGGAAUAGUUCCAAAUCAAACGUGUCUUCUAAACAUGGAAAGGGAAUUUCACCAUACAAACGAGCAAAAAAGUCUGAUUCCACCAUUGUUAUAGAUGAUUAGAAAAAAAAGAAAUUAGAUGGGUUUUCAAGUAUUCUUUUUAAUGGGCUGACAAGUUAAGAAUAGUUAAGAAUACUCUGAAUGAAAAAAGCAGGUUAAGAUGAGUUUUUAACUGAAAUUCCUGAAUUAAUGUUCUUAAGCAAUAGUUUGUUUAAACUUGAGGAUCAAAUUUGCAUGUUCACAAAAACUAGUAUGCAAAGUUGUUGUGUUGAAAACAACAACAACAUAAUGGAUGUUUUUCAUGAUCAACUUUCAACCUUAGCUAACAUUAUUCUACUGGGUUUGAAAACAGUUUGUCAUUGUGUGUUGUUUAAGGCUGAAAGAGGCCUAGUGGUACUUGUAUCUGCCUCUCACCCAGGAGGUUGUGUGUUCCAUCCCCACCAGGCUGAGAGUGGUCUAGUGGUACUGAUUUCUGCCUCUCACCCAAGAGGUUGUGUGUUCCAUCCCCGCCAGGGUGAGAGUGGUCUAGUGGUACUGAUGUCUGCCUCUCACCCAAGAGGUUGUGUGUUCCAUACCCAACAGGAGAACUUUCCCACAGCCACUCAAAAUGGGCAUCAGUACUUGUUUUACCCAGGAAAUUGACUAGAUGAUUAUAUAGCUAUCAUUUUCCGUCACAAUAAAGCUAAAACAAAUUCCUAUAAACGAAGUGCUGUAGUUUGAUCCUGCUGGAACUUAAGUGUUGGAUUGUUUCUCAAUGCUCAAUUAAGCUUUAAUCCUGGGUCCAAUUUCUGGAAGCAUCUUAAGUCACUUGUAACACGAGCUAAGCUCACUAUUUUUGUUUUGGUAUAAUUUGUGUAAUAUUUACAUUUUUUAAGUGUUUGUACUUAAAAUUGUCUUCGUGAAAAUCAUGAUAAACUUAUUAUACCCCCACAAACGAAGUUUGAGGGGGUAUAUAGGAGUGAGCUUGUCGGUCAGUCGGUCUGUCGGUUUUCAUGGUUUCCGGACGAUAACUCAUGAAAGGCUAGACAGAUUUGAAAAAAUUUUGGUACACAGGUGAAACAUCAGAAGAUACAGGUCAAGUUCGAUAUUGGGGCUGGUGGGGCCAAGGUCAAGGUCGCUGUUACUAAAAAUAGAAAAACGGUUUCCGGAUGAUAACUCAUGAAAGACUUGACAGAUUUGAAAAUUUUUUGGUACACAGGUGUAACAUCAGAAGAUACAGGUCAAGUUCGAUAUUGGGGCUGGUGGGGCCAAGGUCAAGGUAACUGUUACUAAAAAUAGAAAAACGGUUUCUGGACAAUAACUCAUGAAAGGCUAGACGGAUUUGAACAAUUUUUGGUACACAGGUGUAACAUCAGAAGAUACAGAUCAAGUUAGUGAGCUUGUCGGUCGGUCGGUCGGUCUGUCUGUCGGUCGGUCGGUUUUCAUGGUUUCCGGAUGAUUACUCGUGAAAGGCUAGACAGAUUUAAAAAAAAUUUGGUACAUCGGUGUAACAUCAGAAGAUACAAGUCAAGUUCGAUAUUGGGGCUGGUGGGGCCAAGGUCAAGGUCACUGUUUCUAAAAAUAGAAAAACGGUUUCCGGACGAUAACUCAUGAAAGGUUAAACAGAUUUGAACAAUUUUUGGUACACAGGUGUAACAUCAGAAGAUACAGAUCAAUGUCGAUAUUGGGGCUGGUGGGGUCAAGGUCACUGUUACUAAAAAUAGAAAAAAGGUUUCUGGACGAUAACUCAUGAAAGGGUUGACAGAUUUGAACAUUUUUUGGCAGUAACCUUGGAGUUAUGGCCUCUUUUCAAAGGAAUGGUUUGCCAUUCCUGUGUCCUGGCGGCAUUUGGGGGUAUUCGUCACUCCUGUGACAGCUCUAGUUUGUAUUUGGUAAUAUCAAAAAAAAGUUACACAUUAGGUUUUAAUGAAAUAAGUGACCGGUAAUUAAGCUUGUAACACUUGAGAGCUUCCAAGAAAUUGAGGCCUGUUGAGUUCACAUUUUUAUCUAUAUAUACAUGUUAUAGAUCGUGUAAAUGUUAUGGUAUAAUGCUUAAUGUAAUACACAAUAUUUUAUAUACAAUAUAUUACAAUAUGUGAAUUGUAAAUAUUUUCUUGCUUUAUUCAGGGCUUUGUGUGAGAAAAUUGUUUAUAUUCUCUCUUGAAAGUUGUUAUGUAUCUUCAAUGUAUAUAUUUUUUCUAAAAAGUUGUUAUGUAUCUACAAUGUUGUAUUUACAAUUCUGUUUAUUUUAACAUAGAAUUUACAAAUGUUGGGAGUAUCAUUUUUUAAGCUGAUCUGUACUAAAACCUUGUUUGUAUGGCAAUACAUAUCUGGCCCGUAUUUGUCAGAACAUCUUAAAUCCUUUAUAACAGGAUGAAGCUGAGCAUGUUAUCUUUGAUUUGGUAUAAAUUGUGUAAUAAUCUCUUUUUAAAGAGUGUUGAGGCUAUUAAAGGAAAUUAUAAUUAAGAUAAAUAAGAUAAACUGCUUCCUGUUUCAUAAAAUUAUAUUUAUGUAAGUAAUAUUGCUAAAUGAAAUAAGAUAGUUAAGUGAGUAGUUAAAUGAGUUACGCUUAAGAGUUUUCGAAAAAUUAGGGCCUUGCAUCAUAGUGUAAAAACUCAGUAAUAAAUCUGAUAUAAUUUAUGUGUAACUCAUAUUGCACCCUGACUGACUAAUUGCUUGAGUUAUGCCUCUUGUUCAUUGUCCAAAUACAAAGUUUGAUUAGCAAACGUUCUAAUAACCAUUGACUUUUGUAAAAAUACUGACUAGCUUUGACCAGGGUAUAUGGUGCGUUUGUUGGCUGUGAUAUGUUUUCUUGUUAUAUUUUAGCGUUUUAUUAGUAAGUCAGUUGUAUACUUUUAAAUAUUAUUACUCUGAUGCAUUACAAUAUCUAAGUAAUUUUAGUAUUUUAUAUUAUUUUUAAAGAAAUUAUUAGAAUUUAAUCUUGAAACAUAAAUACAUAUGUUAUAAUGUAUAAGUGUGAAUUAUUUAUUUGUGUUUUUCUAAAUUGAUACUUAAUUGUCAAUUUAACAUCAUGCUAUAAGAUUGCAGUGUAAAGGCCUUUGUGUGGUGCAAAAAGGUUAAGAUAACUUCUUGAACUAAAUAUCAGAAUUAGGGCAGUAUACGUGUAGACAACAGAUUGCAAUAAAUAUCUGAAGUAGGGUAGUAUGUCUGAAGAUAGCUGCACUUGCACUUUAUGUCAGAUGUAGGGCAAUAUAUGUUUUAAUUCAGUUUUUUAACUUAAUCAGUUUUACUACUACUACUUCUACUACUACUACUACUACUACCUGAAACAGAUGAAUGUAUAAAUUUAUAUGUUCAGAUGCUCAGAGAUUUGAAGCAAAAUACUAUACAUACCAAAUCACGUGGCAGGAGGGUAAAUCUACUAGGAUUUAUGCUUUAUCUCCCCACCCCCUGCCCCGGCCUAGGUGGAAGUGAAUAGGUGAAUAUUCGCCAAAAUUUAACAAACAAAAUGUUUUCUUGUGUGCUAUAUGCAAUACAUUUCCUUACAACAUUAAUACUCUCUCUCUAUAUAUAUCAUUAUAAUAUAUUUUUCAAUUUAGAACAGCUACUGUAGUUUAAAUAAAAUGCUCUUAAAAGUUGUUAAUGCUGAAAGAAAUGGCAAUGACAGUGGAUAUAUGUUAAUUGAUAAUAAAUCCUGUUACAUGAUUAGUUGAAGGCAAUUUAAACUCCCUGGUUUUCUGAACAAAUCACCUGGGAAGCCUCCAAGAAAUAUGCCAUGUAUGAAAUAUGCUCAUAAUCCUUAAAAUCCAUAUUCAAGUUCCAUGUAUUUAUAUAGACGCUUGAAGGAUUUGAUGUAAUAAAGGAGUCAAUCUCUUCUUAUCUUCAAAAUGUUAUAUUUGUAAAACUCUUAAAUGAUUUAUUUAUUUACUUGCUUACAUAAAAGGAGGCCUUGUCAUUUAUGUAGCAUGAUGGUUAACACUGCUUAUAAAUUUUGUUAUAGCUAGGUCAUGCAUGCAGUUAACGAUACACCCACCCCUGUGCGGGGUUCCUGCUUAAACAGGCCAUAAUACCUAUUUCGAAAGAAGAUCAUCUUCUUUCCAAAGUAUCUGAUACAUAUUAAAAUUUGGUGUCAUAUUAAUGGGGACAAAAGUUCAUUUGCAUCACGUUUAUUUUUUAUUUUUAGGUUAUACCUCACAGGAAAAAUAUAUUAAUUGAAAUAUAAAAAAUGACAGUGGAAUAAGUAAACUGCUAUAAACUCUUUUUUCUUUUGAUGAAUUUUAUCUGAAUUUCACAGAAUGGAUGUACUUGCAAUACAAUCUAAAAUCUGUGUCACAGAUUUUUAUUACACUCUGAAGGAAAGUUAUUCAAUAUUCCCUGUGAUGUUCACUAUUCUGAUCCAUCAAACAUCUUGUUUUGACCAUAAAGCCACUUUUGAUUUGACAGGAUAAACAAGAUACAGUUUUAAAGAACAUGUAUCAAAGGGCCUUCAUGUCAAAUUUAAUUGAAUAUGGUCCUUAAUUAAAUGAGUUGAAUUGCUUUGAAUCUUUUCAAAAACUAAAAUGUCACUUUCUAGAAAAUGAGCUUUUUGUCAAAUCAACAACUCAUUUGGCUGUUUAACACCCAUUUUACUUUAGUCCAUGCCCAUUUUCAAUGGUAGUUAAUGAAAUAAAACUUAAGUAUCCAUUUAAUAUUUGAAAACUUAAUGGAAUUAUAAUUGCUGUAUAAAUACCCGUUUAUUAACAAAUCAUAUGCCCUUUCUUCCAAAUUUCAACUUGAUUGGCCUGCGACUAUUAAAUAAGUAGCUAAUUUCUGAUUGGCCAUUAUUAGGCCAUUUAUUGCUGGAAAAAAAUCUUCACAAAGAAAUGCAAUGUCAUGACCAAAAAAGUUUCUUUCAUCUAUUUGUAAGCAGUGAGAGAAACCUAUUAAAUCUUUCUGUUAUGGUAACUCAACUUGAGUGUUUACUGAUGGAAAGUUGUUCAAAUAGAUUCAAGUUUAGUUUCAUAAUCAAUUGAAACGUGAUUUAUCAUCGUGUAAAAUAACAGCACUUUGUGUUUGUGAUGGACCCAUUAAUUUGAUCAAUAUGGUUUAUAAUAUGGUAACCUCAGUUGGGAAAUCGUACAUUAUCAACCUCAAGUGCACUUAAAGAUUGUGCAGCCCACAUGUUUAGGAGACAUUUGUGUGGUGUGAUAAUUCUAGAAUAUUUGUUUAGGUUCACACUGUUCGAGAGUCGUAAACAAUGCAGCAACAUAAGAAUGAAUAUCAAUAGAGUAUAUAUUUUAAACAUUCCUAUUAUGAUAAACAAUGGUGUCGAUUGUACAGAACUUGGUUGAAAUCAACAACGUUGUUUACAGCUUCGUUUUAAACUACGGUAAGGUGAAAUAUUUUGUGGUAUGCAGGUACAAUUAAAUAACACAAAUAAAGCCGGGUCUGUUAUAACGACCUUAUUAAAAAUAGUGCAGCUUACAUGUUUAUCAGAGCAGUAAAAAUAAAAAAAUUAAUAACGAUGAUGUCAACAACGUUGAAACUUUAACUAAGUUCUGCCUGAACGGCAAUCGGCCCUUUGUAACAUGUAUCUGUAGAAAUCUUUGCAUGCUUUCACACUUUAAUAGACUUGUAAUUCGUAUUUUGAUGAAAGCGUAAUGAAGCAAACUGUUUUUAUUUUAUAUAUAUACUAUAUAUUUAUAUAUUCACAGUAUGUUUUUAGUACCAAUAGGCUGGGAAAUGGUAAAAAUGGUUUGUUUCUGCCCCCUGUGGUGAUGACUUUGUUGUGAUUUGACAUUAAUUUUUUUUUUAUUUCCAGUAUAUCGCUCACAAAGCACUAAUUACUGACAAAGCACUCAUUUUUCACUCAGACAGCACUUAAGUCUUCAGUAAGCUAGAACUUUUUGUUACAUAUUGAAUGUGUCUUCCGUUUAUUAUGCCAUAAAGCAUUGUUUGAAUGCUACAUGUAUUGUUGAACUUGUUCUGCUAUCUAAAAACACUUUGUGUUGUCGAGUAAAUUUAUCAAGACAUGUCCAAAAGAUGGUACAAAAAACUUAAAGCGUACUUAAGUGUGUCAACUACUGAUGUUUUAGUCCCAUUACUCAUCCUACAUCUUUACAAAGUUUAAACAUUUUAUCUCUAUUGAAAAAAUCCAAUGUUUCAGAUAACUGGACAUUUGAUACUUCACAAGUAAAUCUUAAAUUGAAACUACGAAUUUAAAGAUUGUUAUGUCGAUGAAUUUUUUUUAAACCCUUAAGAAAGGUUGGUUAUCAAUUAAUUGUUAACCCUUAGAUAGGUUGGUUAUCAAUUAAUUGUUAACCCUUUUGAUAGCUUGGUUAUCAAUCAAUUGUUAACCCUUAUAAAGGUUGGUUAUCAAUUAAUUGUUAACCCUUAAGAUAGGUUGGUUAUCAGUUAAUUGUAAACCCUAAAUAAAGGUUGGUUAUCAAUUAACUGUUAAUUGGGUGUAUUUAAAUGAUAAAUCGAAAUAAUUUUAAUAUUUUUAAGUCAUAAUAUCUUAUAUAGGGAAUUAUAUAAGACAUAUUGCAAGAACUUAAUGAAAUAUAUUUAAUGAUCCCUCAAACUGUAGUGUUUACUAGUAAUUGUUUUAAUUGCAAUACGUCAAAAUCUGUUUCUAUUUUUAGGGGGCCGACAUAUUCUAAUUGCUCUCCUUAGCAAAACUGCUAACCAGCUCAGCAGACAAGCUAAAACAUAGCGUUUGAAUAACGUCUUAAAUGUAUGAAAUGUUAACAAGCAUGUGUCUGAAGCAAACAGAGCAUAAUUACAUUAAAUGAUAAUUUUUGAAUUUGUUUGCAUAAUUUGCUUCGCUUUUUGUGUCACUGUUGAAACUUAUUUAGAUUUUGUUAGAAAGUAAUGGUUAGAUUUUGUAAGUUGUUAUGUUUUAAAAAAGAUUGAAAGGUCAUCUUUGUCAUCAUAAAGCUGAUAUUUUUUUAGCCUGUGUUUUUCACAUAAAAAAUCAUCAUUGUUAAAUGUUAACGGUGUUUACUACAUCCAUGAUGUUCUUUAUCCCAAAGAUGAAAUCAUACAAUAAGCAUGCUUAUAUUCAGUGUAUCGAAACUCUCAUUGUUUCAAAUGUAUUUUGUCUUGAAAAUAAAAUUUCGAUAACGAAGCAUAUGACUAGAAAAUGAACUGUUUUUAGUAAGUAGUUUGAGAUGAUUUAUUGAAAUGUAAUGGGAAACAAUAGAAAACAAGUGAAGGCAUUUUUAUAUUUUUAUUCAUUUUUAUAUUAUACAUAUUUUUAAACAUUUCAUCAUUUAUAAUGUAAAAACUAAUGCAAUAUUUUCAAAAAAUUAUUGUGUAUUUCUUCAAUCUCUAAUUAUGAUAUUCAAUUACAAAUUUAUACACCAUAACACUAAUUAUGUUGGUUUACCAGUGUGCUGUAAAUGGCAGUUAUGCUGUAGUACAGGUAUCGUUGACCUUGGAAGAAAAUAAUACACAAUAAUAGUGUCUUUAACACAUGUCUUUAUAGCAUUCUAUAUUAUUUGAAAAUACUGUAUUUGUCUUUUUAGACGUGCAUGCCCUAUAAGUUGUGCAGGGGGUCUUUUUGUGGUUAUUUUUGCAUAGGCUGGCCAAAACCAUCAUAUGAUAUUCAACUAACCUUGACAUUUCCCAAGUUUAUUUACCAUCUAAACUAUACAAAGUGUCUUUACAAACAAAUUAUUGAUGGAGGGAGGUGGGAUUUUGUCUGUCAUGGCAAACAGAUUGUUGAGGGAGGGGGUAUUUUUCUGUCUUGGCAAGCAAAUUUUAGAGAGAUGGGGAUUUUGUCUGUCUUGACAAACAGAUUGUUGAGGGAGGGGAAUUUUGUCUGUCUUGGCAAAAAAUUGUUGAGGGAGGGGGGAUUUUGUUGGUCUUUGUAAAGAAAUAUUGUUGAGCGAGGGGGGGAUUUUGUCUUAAACUAUCAAAAUAUCUUAAAAUAUUGUACUUCAGACGUUUUGGGUUCAUGUUUAACAUGCAGGGGUUUGCUGGCUAUUUUUUGUCACAUUUAUUAGAAUAUUUUCUCCUGUACAACAUGUUUCUAUUGUAUAUGAUGACAAUUUAUGUAUCUUGUAUGAUAAUAAUCAUGAAAAUAAUACUAUUGUUAUAUUUGCAAAUCAUAGAUUAAUUCUACGUAAUUUUCUUCUUAAAUGAAUUCAAACUAUUUUUAGUCAUUUUGCCAUUUUGUAAAUUAUUCAUUGUUGAUGAAAUCAAGUGUUAUUGUUGAGUUUUGUGAUUGAUACUGGUAUUCUAUUGUCAAUGGAGGUAUUGAAUAAAUGCUGAGCAUUA